AUGACGGGUGAAGGAAGUGUACCGGGGGGCGUCUCCGUUGUCGGUAAAGUGUUAGCCAUUCAGUCACAUGUGGUUCAUGGUUAUGUAGGUAACAGGGCAGCCACCUUCCCUUUACAAUAUCGAGGUUGGGAUGUGGAUGCGCUGAACACUGUCCAGUACUCUAACCACUUGGGGUAUGGCCAGGCUACCGGGUUCAAAUAUAGUGGAGAGGAGCUGUGCUCUGUAUUUCGUGACGGACUUCUGAAAGCUAUGGGGAAUCGUUAUGAUGCCAUCAUUACUGGUUAUACACCUAGUGCUGAGGUCUUGGAAGAUAUUAGCGGUAUAAUCAAAAAUCAGUUAAAUCAACAACAAGAUCUUAAGUGGAUAGUUGAUCCAGUUUUAGGAGAUAACGGCAGGCUCUAUGUCUCUGAAGAUAUAGUCCCAGUUUACAAAAGGCUACUUAGCCAAAACAAAAUAUUCCUAGCAACUCCCAACCAGUUUGAGAUGGAGCUACUCUCAGAAUCAGAGUUGACUGAUCUGGAAAGUGCGUCUACGGCAGUAUCAAAGUUCUUUCAACUGUAUCCACAUGUUGAAAGAUUGGUAGUGACAAGUGUUGUGCUUGCAGGAUCCGAUGAUUACGUUGUAAUUGCUGCAGAUAGAACUACAUCACCCCAGGAUACAAUAUACAUCCGAUCUCCAAGAAUUAAAUGUCACUUCUCUGGUAGUGGUGACUUAUUUACAGCAUUGCUGGUGGACGCACUACUGAGAGACAGGGAGAGUACGAAGCUUUCGCAAGCUGUUGCUAAGUCCCAAUGGAUGAUUGGCAGUGUAUUACAAAGAACUUACGAACAGGCUUUAAAGAGUGGCGAACUAAAAGACCAGGAUAGCCCAGUAAUAAAAGAUUUGAAGCUAAUACAAUGCAGAGAGUUAUUUCGCCUGCAUGAUAUCCCGGAGAUACCAAUAACAGGACACAUAAAUGUACCUCAAACUUGA